AUGCCUCCCAAAUUCGUCCCCCGCCAGCGAAAACACAAAGUGAUAGCCCGAGCCAAAGAAAAUGGCAAACAACACUCUCAAUCCCAAUCCAAACCCGAACCCCUCCUCGACUCCAACACCAUAGAGCACAUCCCAGUCGCGAAAACCGAAACUGAAGAGAAGAAACAGCGCAUGAAAGACGAACUACGCCAGGAAAAUGGCAAAGUUAGCGGGAAGAAAGCAAAAAGACUAGAAAAAUAUAUCGACACGAAGUUGAAGAAGGAUGAAAAUAGAGUGUUGAUUGCGCAGUUGGCAGCGAGGAGUACGGAUACGAGUCUUUUUGCAAGUAGUCGGCUCUUGGGACAGGGGAGGGAGACGAAGAGGGAAAGACUUGGGAGGGCUUUGGAGGAGAGGAGGAAGGGUGUGGAUUUGGAUGGGGAUAACGAGGAUGUGCUUUUUGAGAGGAGGGUUGUGAGGGAGAUUGAGGAUUUGAGCGAUGAGGACGAGGAGGAUGUGGUGGAGGCCCCUGCUACUGGGGGGUUAUUUGGUGGCGCUUCUGCGCCUAAAUUACCAGCAAAGCAGGCUCCGGUAGUUACUGGCGGUGGACUCAAGAGACCACUCGAGUUGGGCGAUGAUGGACGGCCGAUGUUGAAAAAGAGGAAACGAACGGGGGGCAUCAAAACUAAGGUUUCAUUACAAAGGGAAUACCCAGAGGAGCCGACAUGGGAAGGCUUCAGUUCUGCUUCUGAAAUGGAUACCGACGAGGACUCGCAGGCGAGUGACGAGGAGGUUGAUUCGUCAGAGGAUUCGGAAAGUGAAGGAAUUCCCUCCGCCUCUGAUUCUGAAAGUGACUCGGAAGAGGGUGAAAGCUCCGAGCAGUCAUCUUCAGAAGAAAGCGAAGAUGGAGAAGAUACGCCGCAGAAGGAACGGUCUUCUGCAUUCAAAGCUUGGGCAAAUCAGCAGUUGAAUGAAGCUCUUGGUUAUCAGCCAUCAUCAAAUAUCCAAAAUGCAACAGAAACCCAAAAAAUCGCUGGAUUCAAAGCACGUGCUCCAGAGCAAGAUCCAUUACCCCAAGAACUACAACCCACCACCAAUGUCACCAGAAAAGCAUAUAGUGUAUCAGUAUCGAGACCGCCAGCUAUUCAAGAGGUCCGACUGCAACUGCCUGUCGUUGCAGAAGAACAGAAGAUCAUGGAAGCCGUACAUAACAACAAUUUAGUUGUUGUAUAUGGGGCUACUGGGUCCGGAAAGACGACCCAAGUCCCGCAAUUCCUGUACGAAGCUGGCUAUGGAUCCGCAAACUCUCCGACUCCUGGAUUGAUUGGAGUAACGCAACCUCGUCGAGUAGCAGCUGUCAGCAUGGCUAAGCGUGUUGGAGAUGAAAUGGGAGAUCAUGGCAAACGAGUUGCUUAUCAGAUUCGGUUCGAGGGUACUGUUGGAGCAGAGACUGCUAUAAAGUUCAUGACUGAUGGUGUUCUUUUAAGAGAAGUUGCACAAGACAUUGCUCUGCGGAAGUAUUCUGCCAUCAUUAUCGACGAGGCUCACGAGAGAAGUGUGAAUACGGACAUUCUUAUUGGAAUGUUAAGUCGGGUGGUCAAAUUACGAGAAGAAAUGGCAGCUGAGGAUGACUCGACUAAACCGUUGAAGCUUAUUAUCAUGUCGGCGACAUUGAGAAUCACAGACUUCACACAAAACAAAACACUAUUUUCAAACCCACCACCGGUACUUCAAGCUGAAGGCAGACAAUUCCCCGUCACGAAUCACUUCGCGCGCCGAACUCAUCACGACUAUGUUGAAGAUACCUUCCGGAAAAUCAGCAAAGGACACAAAAAGCUGCCUCCGGGUGGGAUCCUGGUUUUCUUAACUGGCCAGAAUGAGAUUACUCAGCUCAGCAAGAAACUGAAGGAGGCGUUUCGGAUCGGGCAUACAGCUACUGGACCUCAGGUGCGGAUUUCUGGCAAAGAUGCGCCAAUGGAAGCAGAAGAUGUUGAUUUUGGCGAGCCUAUGGACGAUAAUAAUGAUGAUUACGAUGAUGACGAAGUGGAUAUCACAGUUGAUGAUGAAGAUUUCAAAUUGGAAGGCGAAGAGGAAGAAUCUGGGCCGGCGAAGAUGCACAUUCUGCCACUAUAUUCAUUGCUGCCAACGAGAGAACAAUUGCGGGUCUUUGAGCCACCACCAGAUGGAUCGCGUCUGAUUGUUUUAGCUACCAAUGUUGCAGAAACCAGUUUGACCAUUCCAGGUAUUCGCUAUGUCUUCGAUUGCGGAAGGUCGAAAGAGCGCAAGUAUGACCGAACAACAGGCGUUCAGAGCUUCGAGGUCAGCUGGAUCAGCAAAGCUAGUGCAAGUCAGCGUGCAGGUCGUGCUGGACGUACUGGUCCUGGGCACUGCUAUCGACUAUAUUCAUCUGCUGUGUAUGAGCGAGACUUUCAAGAAUUCGCGGAACCAGAAAUACUACGGAUGCCAAUCGAAGGAGUCGUGCUUCAGUUGAAGGCGAUGAAUCUACAGCACAUUGUAAACUUCCCAUUUCCCACGCCCCCAGACCGGCAAAGUCUUGCGAGCUCUGAGAAGCUGCUGACGUACUUGUCUGCGAUAUCACCUACGGGUCAGAUUACAUCAACUGGUGCUACGAUGUCAGUCUUCCCUCUCUCGCCUCGAUUUGCGAGAAUACUACUAGUAGGACAUUUGCAUAACUGUCUUCCAUACACCAUCGCAUUGGUAGCCGGUCUUUCUGCGCCAGACGUCUUUCUUCCCGAGAAUCAAGUCGUGCCUACCGCUGCCGUCAAGGAAGCAGACGAAUAUUUCACCAGUGCAGAUCGCAUCGAAGAAGACCACCGUAAUAGCAUCAGACGGAAAUUCAACAAAGUACAUAAAGAUUUCUGCUUCCUAGAUGACAAAGCAGAUGCGAUCAAGCUACUACAAGUAGUUGGAGAAUUUGCCCACGAGCCGACCGAAACAUGGUGUCGCGAUCAUUUCGUACGAUUCAAGACUCUGAAGGAAAUCUCCCUUCUCCGAAAGCAAAUCACCGACCUCCUCAAGACGAACAUCACUGCAUUCGCGGGCUUGAAAUACCAGGAGAAACUCGACCCUCCCACUGCACAGCAAGUCAAAGCUCUCAAGCAAAUGGUCGCAGCGGGCUUCAUCGAUCACGUUGCGAUUCGCGCAGACCUAGCACCGACGCCUCCUGAUGUGUACCGGAAACCUACUCGUGCAAUCAGCGUCCCAUACCUAACACUCUUCCCAUCCCACGCGCGCAACGGCGAUGAGGAAAAAGCAGUGUUCAUCCAUCCCGCCUCCCCACUCUCACAUCUCAGUCCGCAAGAAUGCCCAGACUACAUCAUCUACUCGUACCUGCAGCGCGCAGUUCCUAACCCCGCAACGCCUGAGAAGAUGCCGAAAACUAGGAUGCAUGCGCUUACGGAUAUCACGGGGGGGCAGCUCGCUGCGCUGGCGAAGGGCACCCCGCUGCUGCAUUAUGGGAAGCCGAUUAAGGAGGUCAUGCCGAAGAUGAAGGGUGAGGGGAAUCCGAAUGAGAGGGAGUGCUGGGUUAUUCCUUACCUGAGGGCAGAAGGGGGCGGUGGCGUUGGGUGGCCUUUGCCGGCGAGGAAGGUUGUGCAGAGGAAGAUCGCUGGGAGGGGCCAUUGGAUCUCCCUCUCUACCCCUAUCCUCCUCGAGCUUCCUGAUCUCUUCGACUCCUAA